GAGAAAUCUGCCUUUUCAAAAUUCAGCUCCCACCAAUCCACCAUUCAGCUAUGUCUUCAGUUGGAGUCCUCACAGGAUUUUGGAUAGUUGCACUGCUGACUCUUUAUGGUGCAGAUGUGGGAGAGAGCCAAAUCAAGUCUCUCAAUGAACCUGACGUUCCUUUCCCGCCCGCCCGGCCCACGGCUCAAAACCUCGCUGCCAUUUGCCAUCAGGGUCAGGGUCGACCCAGAUACCCGGCCAGCUUCUUCCCACGCUCCAGUGCCAGUCACUUUCGCCGCCGUGGAAAUGCCAUCAACCGUCUGGAGUCAUGGUACAGUUUGUGCUGCAGUGGACGAGUGGCACAGCAGAGUCACCAGAUCCUCUGCUGUGCCCAACAAGCUUGGAAACAAGCUCUGUCUCAGUUCUGUGUGGAAGAAUAUGCCACUAUGACUCUCCCUUUUGAGUGCUGUGAGGACAAAGGAGACGCACGCUGGACGUGCUUUGACAGCGAGCUGCCAAACCCAAACUACUACCCAACACCAGGCUACACUGCACCCCAAGUCCCCGAGGAGCUGGGAUUCACCUUCAACCCAAACACUUGCUGAAGGUCUUUGCCUUAGGUGCUCAGAAGAAGACAGGACACACUGGUUUGAUUUCUGCUGUGUCAGGACCAUAAAAGCACAAAACAGUUUUUAUUUUGUCAGCUCUAUGUUUUAACCAAGCUUUGUCACACUGCAAGAAACUGCAUUUCCAAAUGUUCACUUUCACUAUUUCUGACAUGUAUAGUCUGUAGGAAAAAUAAAGACUAAAAUAAAAUA